UUUUUCCCAAACAUCCCCUUAAUCCCCUUAACGUUGGCCAUCCAAAUAAACUUUAUAAAACAAGUCACUAUUUUAAACUCCUCACGAUAUAAAACAUUAUAAAAAAUGAAUGAUUUUGCAAGAUAUUUUGAAAUUAACUUUAACACUAAAUAUUAUUGUAAAACUACUAAAUGGUCGAUAUAAUUUUUUUGUUAAAUUUGGUGUGGUUUUAUUUGACAUUUUGAUUCUUUUUGGUAGUCGAUAUAAUUUUUUUGUUAGACUUGGGUGUUGUUUUGGACUUUUGUUGACAUUUUGAUUCUUGCUCGUGGCACUUUGAUAAGUCGCUUUUAAAGUCCUCAAACGUCCGUUAACUUCCAUACUACACUUAUACUGUAUCUUCCAUCAAUGGCGGAAUCUCAGCAACUCCAAUCCACCACCGACUCCCAGCAGCCCCAAUCCACCGUCGAAACCGGUAACAACCUUCCUUUUGCAAUCAUCCAUCGCCUCCCCACUUUCAAUUUCUCCUUCUCCUGGGCUAAAGGCAUAGUCAACCCAAUCGAACCAUCGGAUCCGUUAUACCCGAUCCACCGGCUAUCUGCUCGGGCCGUGAUCGUCCUGGGUCCUAGCCCGCUCAAAUCCGAGCACUUGGACCAAUACCCAUCCGUAGAAUGUAUUUUUGGAACAUCCGCCGGCGUUGACCAUAUCGACUUAGCCGAAUGUCGUCGCCGUAAUAUUCGAGUCACUAGCGCCGGUGAUGCCUUCUCUGAAGACGGAGCCGAUUAUGCUAUAGGGCUUUUGAUCGACGUCCUCCGACUUGUUUCUGCUUCCGAUAGGUUCGUCCGGGCCGGGUUGUGGCCCGUCGAAGGCAUUUAUCCUCUUGGAAACAAGGUAGGGGGAAAACGAGUCGGGAUUGUGGGGCUUGGAAGUAUUGGCAGCUUGGUGGCCAAACGGCUCGAGCCAUUCGGGUGCACCAUCGGCUACACCUCAAGAAACAAAAAGCCACAACUUCCCUAUCAGUUCUACUCCACAGCUCUUGAUCUUGCAACCAACUCGGAUGCCUUAAUCGUCUGUUGUGCAUUGACUGAAAAAACACGCCAUGUCAUCAACCAUGAUGUCAUGAAAGCCCUCGGGAAGAGGGGUAUUCUCGUCAAUGUCGGGCGUGGGGCCCUUGUGGAUGAAAAGGAAUUAGUAAAGUUGUUGGUUGGAGGUGAACUUGGAGGAGCCGGUCUAGAUGUGUUUGAGGAUGAACCGGAGGUACCAAGGGAAUUGUUUACAAUGGACAACGUUGUUUUGUCUCCACAUAAAGCUAUUGCAACAAUCGAGGCGAUUGAAGGAUUGAUACAGUUAGUUAUUGGAAACAUGAAAGCCUUUUUUUCAAAUAAGCCAUUGUUGUCUCAACUUAAUCUUCAUGAUUAAUAUCGACGAUUAAGUCUUUGUUUUGUUGUGUAUUUUGAACAUCAAGAGAGGACAACACUUUAUGACUAAUGUCGAUUAAGUCAUAGUCGGUUUAAUA